GCCGCGGUGCCUGCCGGGAAGCGUAGUCCGCCGGCGGCCGCGGUGCUGGCGCUGUCCCGCUCCCCGAUGGCGGCGGCGGCGAGGCGAUGGCUGCUCUCGCUGCUGCUGCUGCCGCUGGCCUGGGCCCAUCCCGCGGCCUGCGCCGACGCGCCGGGCGGUGGCUGGCUGGCGGGCACGGUCCCGGAAGAGAAGCGAUGCACCGUUGAGCGGGCCGACGCCUCCCUCACCUACUCCCUCUUCCUGCAGCGGUUCGCCUUCUCCCGACCCGUUAUCCUACGCGGGAUCACGGACAACUCGGCCUUCCGUGCCCUCUGCACCCGGGAGAAGCUGCUGGCGGCUUUCGGGGCCCUCCCGGUGCGGCUCAGCACGGCCAACACCUACUCCUACCACAAAGUGGACAUGCCCUUCCGGGAGUAUGUGGAGCAGCUGCUGAAGCCACAGGAUCCGGCCAGGCUGGGCAGUGACACCCUCUACUUCUUCGGGGACAACAACUUUACUGAGUGGGGCCACCUCUUCCAGCAGUACGUGCCCCCUGCGUUCCGCAUCCCAGGCACCAGCCCUGCCUACAGCUUUGGGAUUGCAGGCUCGGGGUCUGGUGUUCCCUUUCACUGGCACGGCCCUGGUUUCUCUGAGGUGAUCUUUGGCAGGAAGCGCUGGUUUCUGUACCCACCAGAUAAAACACCCCACUUCCACCCCAAUGAGACGACACUGGCCUGGCUCCACCACACAUACCCCACGCUGCUGCCGGCCGAGCGGCCACUGGAGUGCACCAUCCACCCAGGGGAGGUCCUGUACUUCCCUGACCGCUGGUGGCAUGCCACGCUCAACCUGGACACCAGCGUCUUCAUCUCCACCUUCCUGGGGUAGAGCUGGGAAGGACAAGGAUGUGUUGCUGUCAUCACAGCCACGGCGAGAGCGUGCUGGGUGGCACCUCCAGCUCCUGCCCUGCCAUGGAAGGGCAGCACCAGCAGCUCUCCACUCAGCUACCAGUGUUGGGACCAAGUGCCUGAAGACAUUCUGGUUUUUACGUGUCUUUUCCCUCCCCCUUGGAUUAAAGUUGUUCUGCCAUA